AUGUCCGAUCAGGUCCUCGCAGGAAAGACCUGUCUCAUCACCGGCGGUGGUGGCGGCCUAGGCAAGGCAAUCGCAACCCAUUUCCUCGAAGCCGGCGCCAGCGUGGUCAUUUGCGACGUGAAUGAAGAGCGCCUGCAGGCCACUUCGGCUGAAUUGGCACCCAAGGGUCCCCUGGAGGCCAUCAAGACCGACAUUACCAAGACCAGCGAAGUCGAGAGCCUAUUCGAGACUAUCAUUGGCAAGUUUGGCAAGAUUGACGUUCUCGUCAACAACGCCGGAAUCAUGGAUCACUUCGACCCAAUCGGCGAGCUGGACAUGGAACUGUGGGAUCGCGUCAUGGCAAUCAACCUUACUGCACCGGCGCUGUUGAGUAAACAUGCCGUACGCAACAUGCUGAUGCAGCCAAAGCCCGACGGGCGCAUCAUCAAUAUCGUUUCUGUUGCAGGCAAAGCUGGAUGGGCAAGUGGUGCGGCGUACACGGCUAGUAAGCAUGGUCUCGUUGGAUUGACCAAGAACACUGCUGCUUACUAUGGUAACAUGGGGAUCAAGUGCAAUGCCCUUAUGAUGGGUGCUAUGGAAACUAACAUCGGUGAUGCUUUUGGAGCUGGCUUCAAUGCGCCGGGUAUGGAGAAGAUGAAAACAGUGCUCGAGGCGAUCCAGGCACCUUAUGUUGAUAUCAAUGAAGUUGCCGGAUUUUGUGUAAAUAUGACUUAUGGAAGGGGUGCUGGUCAGAUCAAUGGCGCUACCAUUGCUAUUGAUAAUGGCUGGACUUCUGUCGUUGAAUGA